UCGUCUCCUUGCCAUCUCAUUUCUUGCAUCAUCUCCUCCCAAUUCCAAGCUCCAUCGAUCUCCUCGAUCGUCGAUCGUCGCGGCCAUGGCAGCAUCAGCCAGAGCUCUCCUCGUCGUGGCCGUGGCGGCGGCGGCGGCGGUGCUCGCGACGACGGCGAUGGGCGCCACCACCUACACGGUGGGAGCACCGGCCGGGUCGUGGGACACGCGCACCAACUACGCGCAGUGGGCGUCCGCCGCCACCUUCCGCGCCGGUGACCGGCUCGUGUUCAGGUACUCGCCGGCGGCGCACGACGUCGUGGAGGUGACCAAGGCCGGCUACGACGCCUGCUCGGCGGCGAGCCCCAUCGCCACCUUCAACUCCGGCGAUGACACCGUCCCGCUCGCCGCCGUUGGCACGCGGUACUUCAUCUGCGGCUUCCCUGGACAUUGCGCCGCCGGGAUGAAGCUCGCCGUCAAGGUCGAGGCCGCCGCCGCCGCCCCUGGCGGUAGUAGCACCACGCCGUCGCCGUCGCCGUCGCCGGCGGCGUUGCCGCCGGUGAACGGUGGCCGGCCGGUGACGCCAUCGAGCUCGGCGAGCAAGUCGGGUGGUGUUGUUGAGUCUCUUGUUGGUCUGGGCGUUGGCGCCAUGGCCGCUGGUCUCAUGGUCUUUUAUUAGAGUGACAAGAAUGCAUGAUGAGUUCUUGAUUUGUUCUCUCUUUUUUUUGUUCUUUUUGGAGAUACCAGAUUCAUCAUACUUUAUAUUCUUUUUUUCCUGAGAUGAAUUCUGCUCGAAUUGUUGUACUUAAUUAUGCAAUUCUUUGUUGAAUGUAAUUUGAUUCAGUAUAUAUAUUGUUGGAUUCUAUUAUGUGAUCCUUUUCACUUGAA